AGAAGGAUGAUAAGUGAGUCUUGUUUCACUCUCUUUCUGUUUGAGAAAAGGUUCAGGCUUUUGUUCAUUUCAUUCACAUUUUGGAAAUGUCAUGGAUGCAGAGAAUGGUGAUGAAAUUAUCUAGAAAUAAGAAGAUUGGAGAGAGAGAGAGAAAAGAAAGAGAUGAUGAGAGGAAGAAAGAGAGAGAGAGAGAGAGUUGAAAUAACGAGUAAAAAAAGAUGAAGACUAUUUAUUAUCUGUUGAAGUGAAACAUCAAAUUCAAGUGAAAAGACAAUGAAUGUUUCUUGGUUCACCUAAACAUCAAAAGGUUUACAAUGGAUGCAAAAUUAAAUUUGAUUAUUUAACGUUAUUAUUCAAUAGUUAUUAUACCAAUGUUACCAUGAUGAUGAACCUCAACAAAUUAUUGCCAAUUGUUCAAUUUAAUAACAUGUAAAGUGAGCUUGGAGAUAAGCUAAAACAAGUUGAUCAGUUUACAAAACUGUUGUUACUUUUUUCUUGUUGUGUCUUCUGUUUUACAUUCUCGUUACUUGGUUCCUUGUUCAUUCUAACAGUUAACAUGUUUUUGUUGGGUUAAAAAUAUUGAUUAUCAUUAUUAUGACAACAUUGUUUCCAUCAGUGUCACUGUUUAAUUGUGAAUUUGUGCAACUGUUAACAGCCUUUGGUCGCUUUGUUGAUUAUUGUGUUUAUCCUUUUGUUUCACUUUCAACGGUUUUUUUCCAAUUUACUAUGUAACAUUGUUACUCAUCUGUUAACUGUUUUGUGCCAAACGCCAUACUUUCCAUUGUUUCUCUCCUUCUUUCUUUUGUUUCUACUUUUAUUAACCAACUAAUUCUUGAUCUUAAAAAUUUAACAAUUUGUGAUUCUAUCGAUAGUUUUAAUUAAAAUAGUAUCAAUAAUUUAAUAAUUGAAAUAAUAUUGUUUCUGUGCCAACAACAAUGCUUAAUCUAAUUUGUUUCUUGUUACCAAGCAGAAGAUGACUUAUAUUGGCAAAAUGGAUCAAGUGUUGAUUAAAAUGUCUCGUAUAAAGUCACUUCUAAUGAAGCCCCCAGCCAUUUUUACUGAAAAUAGCAAUCAUCAACGCCAUCAUCAUCAUCGCCCAGCUCGUCGAUCAACAUUCAGUUAUUGGUUGCUUUUAUUAAUCACAAAGUAUCUUGUAACCUUUGCUUUUGCAUCAACUUCAUUCUCGUGGUCAAUGGAAGAGGAUCGUCGGUUUUACAUUCCAAACAAUUACCAUCCGUACCGAAAUAUUAGAUCACAUGGACCAUCACCAUCAAACUAUCAAACUCAAUUUGUUUCGGUGAAAGAUGAUGAAGAAGAAGACAGUGUCGAUGCAAGGAUGAGAAGCAAAGAAGCUCAAAAGACCAAUUUUAUCAAUCCAAAUAGCAUGAGAACUCGAGGUCCACCAAAGCAACCAAUGACACCCGAAGAUAUGAUUCAAUACAUAGAUCGAGUUACACGUGGUGAAUUUUGCCUUCAAUCACCUAACCAUGGAUCUGAUGAAUUAAUCAGACGAUCAAAUUCACCCUCACUAUCCAUCUCCACACUAAUGAGCCAAGACGAUCGACACCAGUUGACCAAUAAUAACUUUAACAAUCCAUCAUCAUCAAUGCUUUAUAAUAAUUUACUAAUGUCCAGUCAACAAGCUUCAUCGCCCUCUUCCUCUGGAACCCUGGCAACACCUCAUCAUCAUCACCCUUUCUAUGCUUCCUCACCCUCUCGUGAUAUACCACCUCAAUCGUUACGCUUAAAGUACAACCAGACUGCGGCUCGAGUUGACCUUUUAAAUGCAAUACUCAUUGACUACAAGCCCAAUGAAGAUGGUUAUCGAUUUUUAAAGAAAUCUUUUCAUGAAAUGAUUAACCUUGAUAAAGAUAUUAUCCAUGCUCGUAUCAUUUGGCUAAGUGAGAGUAACACCACCGCCACCAAUAACAAUAAUCCAAGAAGUAAUAACAAUAGUGAAGGACGGUUGAAUGGGCAGUUUCAGGAAUCCAAUUUUAGACCCUUAAAUACAGAGAAUACAAUCAAUUACAUUAAACCAGUUUAUUAUUAUACGGCUAAACGUAAACGAACCUUUUUCACCUUAAAUAUUAAUCGAACCAUUUCACCGUAUGAACCCUGGUUUGAUUUUGAAUUUAAAUCAGCCAACCAAGAACGUCUCUUUGACCAUCUACUGGUCCAGCAAUACAUUCCUCGAUCUCAAUUAUCAUCAUUUUUAUCCUUGGAUUCACCAACAAGUGUCCAACAAAAUCCAACACCAACAGCAAACAACAACAUGAACCAAACCGGCGCCCUGGUCAACCCUAAUAACAAAAAUAGCAAUAAAAAGGAACAUAUUACCAACAAUAAUGAACUUAAUAAUGAUAAUAAAAAUACCAACAAUAAUGAAAAUAGUAAUAAGGAGAGAAACAAUAACAACAAUAACAAUAAUAAUAAAUUUAACAAUAAGUGUCCUAAAUUUACAAGCUGGACAAAUGCAUAUUAUUCCUGUGAUUACCAGAUUUGGCUAUUUUCAUAUACAUCGUUAAUCAUCUUUGAGUCAAUUGAUUCUUGUAUCCUUCGAGGUAUCAUCUCGGUUGAUAUUGAUAUUGGUAAAAUUGAUAUCAAUCAAUGUGACCAUGCAUCGAUUGAGACCACAAUUCCGCUUCUUGGAACUCACAAAUGUCAUCGACCAAGCAGCAAGUGUACCUUUCAAUCUGGCCAUGGAUGGAGUAAAGGAGGUUAUGAAUGUCGAUGUCGUGAUGGAUAUUAUCCAACUUCGGCUUCAUUUACUAAGGACCAGAAAAGUCGAUCUUUCAAUGGGACAGAAGUUGAAAAGGCAUGGACUGAUAAGAUCAAUGUUCAAGGGUAAGUUGACUGUUCUU